UUGAAAUCCCUAAAUCUUUGUCGGUUCCGUUCCGAUCAUCUUGUCUUGUGCAGCAUGCUGCGAGUGUUGAAUUCAUUGUCGCCAUUACAGAGGUACUACAAACUUCGCAUCGAAGAAUCUCUACGACAACCUUACAGAUACAUAAUCGUCUGCAAAGAACUCACCUGUAUUUUGAAGGAGGCUUAUCCUCAUUCCCCCAAGAAUUUGCAAUCCCUAAUCUUCCAAGAUACCCUCACCGCCUUCCGUCUCCUCCCUGAAAUACAGACUCAGAAUGCUGUAUCAGCUGUCCAUUUACUGCUUCAAAGUGCACAAGCAACGUUACCCAAGCAGAAAAGGAAUAUGGCGAUCAGUGAGUAUAAAAAUGCUAUAGUUUCCUAUAAAAGGCGCUCUCAGGCUCAUCAUCACAUUGAAGACGGUCAUGUAGAAGAAGGGUCAUUCGAACUGCCACGAGAUAUUCUUGAAAACAUUUUCAGUUCGCUGGAUAUGCAGUCUUUGGUGUCAGCAGGGCUAGUUUGCCGGUCGUGGAGCGUAGCAGCAAAUGAUAAUCAUUUGUGGGAGUUGCAAUAUGGUGUAUUGUUUGGUGCUGCUAAACAACGGGCUACUAGACUGGUUGAAAACAGGAAUAGUAGGCUUUUCUCGGAGCCCAUAGAUAGUACAACCAUUACUGACUGGAAAGAAGCUGUUAAAAAAGCUUAUAAUGGAUCAUUAUCUAAGAAAUUAUCAACCAACCGUGGAUACUGUGAACACUGUGAAACUGUAGUUUGGCUAAAUAACUCAAAAUGCCCCAAUGUAUGGUGCGGGAGGAUGUCUAGAAAUCAAAAUGUCAAGCAGCUGACAACAUUACAGGUUGUUGAAUAUAUUCUAAAUGAUUCUCUAUCCAUAACAUCUUCCUCAGACAGUGACAGUGAUUCAGAAGAAGAAGGGCCAGUUUCUAGGUUAUGGGCAUACCCUAAGCAUAUAGGUCUAUAGGAUAAACCUAGGGGACACCUUUUGUAUUGAAUCAAAUCUAUGAUGAUUCUGUUCUUGUAUGAUACAGAAGACGUUUUUGGGCCCUGUAUAUUAAUUUUAUGUUUACCUUUGAUCA